GGGAUACCAAAUUAGUUUAUAAAUAAAAAUGAAGUGGUUGAUAUUUCGUUCUUUUCUCUUCUUCAUCACUUCACAAUGACCAUCUCUUCACUUCUUCCUGUUAACGAAAUUGAACUUCAAGCAUUAAAAGAACGUUACGAUUCAGCUGGUCAAGGCCAUGUAUUUCAAUUCUUUGACACUCUUGAAGUCGAGCAACAAGCUAAAUUGAUCCAACAACUGCUUGAGCUUGAUGUUGAACGAUUAAAUAACAUUUAUCGCAAGGCCAUUGAAGGUGCUGAAGCCGCUCUUCUCAGUCAAGGUGCCGCACUUGAACCAUUACCUGAAGCCAUCUUUGAUUCUGUCCUCAAGGCUACUCCUGAACAGCUUCGUGAAUGGGAAACGAUCGGUUUAACACAAAUUGCCCAAGGUAAGGUCGCUGUCAUUUUGAUGGCUGGUGGUCAAGGUACUCGUUUGGGUUCAUCCGAUCCUAAGGGAUGCUACAAUAUCAACUUGCCUUCCCAAAAGUCCUUGUUCCAGCUUCAAGCUGAACGUAUUCUUCGUUUGCAAGAGAUUGCUCGUCAAUACACCAAACCUGGUGCUGAAUGCAUCAUUCCUUGGUACAUCAUGACCUCAGGACCUACUCAUCAACCUACAGUCAAUUUCUUUGAACAACACAACUACUUUGGCCUCAAGAAGGAAAACGUCAUCUUUUUCGAACAAGGCACUCUUCCUUGCUUAACAAUGGACGGUAAGAUCAUCUUGGAGGCAAAGGACAAGGUGGCUAUUGCCCCUGAUGGUAACGGAGGUAUCUAUGCUGCUGUUGUCAAUAGAGGUGUCAUCAACUCAUUAAAGGAACGUGGCAUUCUCUACUCUCACUGUUACUGUGUCGAUAACUGUUUGGCCCGUGUUGCCGACCCUGUCUUUAUCGGCUACUCCGUUUCAAAGGGAACCGACUGUGGUGUCAAGGUCGUCAGCAAGGCCGCCCCUGAGGAACCUGUGGGUGUUGUCUGUGUCCGUGACGGCAAGUAUGGUGUUGUCGAGUAUUCCGAAAUCUCACAAGAGAUCUCUGAAAAGCGCAGAGAUGAUGGCUCACUUGCCUUUGGCGCAGCCAAUAUUGCCAAUCACUUUUUCUCAACUGAAUUUUUGGAACGUGUGCCUACCUUUGCCGAUCAACUCGAAUACCACAUUGCCAAGAAGAAGAUCAAGUAUGUCGAUUUGGAAACAGGUGAAGUUGUCGUGCCCAAGUCUAAUAGUGGCAUGAAGCUCGAAUGCUUUGUUUUUGAUGUAUUCCCUUAUGCUCAACAUUUCAGUGUGCUCGAAGUCGAUCGUAAAGAAGAGUUCUCUCCCUUAAAGAAUGCUCCUGGAUCAGGCGCAGACUGUCCUGAAACUUCCCGAAGAGAUAUUGUUGCACAACACGUGCGCUUUAUUGAAUCUGCUGGCGGAAAAGUCGUGCACGAUGGUGAUUUCGAAAAGCUGGAGUUCGAGAUUUCUCCUUGGGUCUCUUAUUCAGGUGAAGGUCUUGCUGAAUAUGUAGCUGGAAAGACAAUCAGCACACCUGCUGUUAUUGAAACCAAGGCUGAUUUGAUCCGUUUUACCUAAAUACCCCUCGAAAAAUACUGCUUUUUCGAAUAUUUGAUACAAAUUGCUCUUCAUAGUUACUACUUAACGCAACUUCUUUAUAAAGCUCUUCUACUUGAAAUUUCCAAGAAUUGUUAACUGCAUUAGGUCUUACAUUUUGCAAAGUUUCUGUUGAUAUCUUCAGCUUUUCAACCAUAUCUACAUGUUCAUAUUGCAACCCUUCAUUUCUUAAUACUUUAGUAUAAAUUGGACCUUUAAAUAGAAAGGCGCUAAGGUUUCUUUUUUACAAACAUUUAUACUCUUCACCUCUCUCAACAUCAUAUUUAGUACAUCGCUUUAGAAGCACAUGCUUGCAAAUUCUGUUUCAGUAUUAUAUCAUGUCAUUUUAUUAAGUAU